AUGAACUACAAUGGCUAUGAUUCUUAUGGCUCAAAUUGCCAAUCCAUCAGCCAACAUGGUAACGACAACCACUAUGGCCAAUACAAUUUUACCCAUCAAGGUGGGUCUAACAACCAGUAUGACUCAAGUAGUCAAGUUGGUGGCCAAUAUGGUGGGUACAACUAUAUUCGCGGAUAUGAUCUUAUGAACCAAAAUGGUUUGAAUGAUCAAAAUGGAUUUGGUGGCCAAACUAAUCAAGUGGCAUGGGGGCAGUACCUUUACCUAGAUGGUCAAAAUAAUUCAACCAAUAUUUAUGAUCAGCCUAGUUAUGGCUCCCACCAAACAAAUCAUCCUAAUGGCCAUAAUGGCCAAAAUGUUCUUAACAUAAGUGAGAGGCCAUAUGUUGACUGCACGGACGAAGAACAUCAAAGUUGA